AUGAGAAUGAUCGAUGAUGACGAUGAUGAUGUUGAAGGUAUGCUUGAUUUGUUCACAUUGCAGUGCAGAGGUAAUCGAGAUCGCGGCAAUCCCGCGAAUGAAGACCCAUUUUUCAACAUCGACGACUUGAGAAAUGCAAUCCCUGAUGAUGAACCUUAUAGUGUGCCCGGUUAUCAAUCACCGGAACAUGUAAGCAUUCAUACAGAAAAUUCAGAGGAUGGAGGUUACUUUGAUGAUCGAGUGGAUGACGAUGAAGAUUGGGGAUACAUUAAUAGGGGUAAUGUCUACAAUGCAAGAGAGUACGAAGAUGAAGAGUUUGGCUAUCAAAAUGCCAAUUACGUUGGGGAGGAUGAUUAUGGUUACGGGAAUAGAAGGAAUGGCGGUGGUCAUCAAGGGGGAAACCGAGGUGGAAAUCGGAGGGACGAUAUAAGAGAUGUUAGAAGGGAUGAGAGGCGAGAUGAAAGAAGGAAUGAUCGACGAGAUGAUAGGAGGGAUAAUCGAAGAAUGGAGGAUCAAGAAGUCAAUGGUCCUUAUCGUCGUCAACAACCUCCACAGGGAGUAAAUGACCGUUUUAGGCCGAUCGUCACCGAGAACUAUUCACCCAUUGUUUGUGAGCGAAGAAUGUUUGACUGUAAACCACAUUAUAUCAACAUACUUCCUCAUUUCAAUGGGAGGUCUAACAAUGAGCCCUACACACAUCUUGCGGAAUUUUCUUCAGUUUGCAACACUAUUGGGGGGCAUAACUUUGCGUUAGAAGAAGUUAAACUUCGCUUGUUCCAAUUUUCACUAAAGGACAAAGCGAAGCAAUGGUUUCUUACACUCCCGGCCAAUGGCAUCCGCACAUGGGGGGAAAUGCAACAAGCGUUUUUGGAUGAGUACUACUCUAUGGCAAAGACCGACGGCGCUCGUGAUGAAAUUAGGUCUUUUCGCCAAUUAUCGGGAGAAUUAUUGCAUGAAGCCUUCACAAAAUUCAAAGAAAUGAUGUGGAGAUGUCCACAUCAUCAAAUUGAGAAGUGGGAAUUGGUAAAGUGUUUUGUUCGAGGGUUGGAUGACACAACAUGGAAUCGUCUCGAGUCGACGAGUAACGGGACUCUUUUGAGCAACCAUGAAGACGAUGAUUGGGAAUUCUUGGAGCGAAUGAGUAAACGUUCGAAAGAGAAAGAGUCGGCCGAUCGAGCCAAGAAACAUCCUAUUUCCCGUUCACUUCCCGAUCUUGAUUCUAAAGAUCGGAUUUCUACUUUAGAGCGGGAAAUGGCUCGAAUGAAGAAGAAAGAAGUUAAUGCGGUCCAGUUUGAUGUGUGUGAGGAAUGUGGUGAUAUUGGACAUAGAGCAGAACAAUGUCCAACAGGACCGGAGGAAGUCAAUCAAAUGAAGAAGACAAACGAGAUUCGAGAUAAAGCACAUGAGGAAUUGGCAAAGCAAGUGGGCCAACUUGCUCAAGAGAUAGCUCAAGUGAGAGGAAGCAUGGGAAAGCUUCCAAGUGACACUACAGUGAACCCGAAGCAUCAAGGUUUUAGCACAAGCAACGUGAGGGAUGCACGCGUUAGCGCGGUAAGUAUUCUUUUAAAUGAUGAAGUUUGUAGUGUUGAAAACAUUCCACCACCACAAUUCGUUGAUGGUGUAGUGGAAAAUAUAGGUGAGGAGUCGGAAAGUGAAAAUGAACACGAAACGAUUUCACAAAGUAAAAAUGAAAACGUAACUAAAAAUUCUUUUUGUGAAAAUUGUUUAAAUCAACUUAACCUGCUUAAUGCAUCGAAAAGUGAAGAACGGUGCCCACCGAAGGACGAGGGGUGGGAAAAUUUUAAGCAAGCUAAAAUUAAUUUACCGUUACUAGAUGACAUUAAAAAGGUUCCGGCUCAUGUGGAAUGCUUAAAGGGGUUAAGCAUUGAAAAACGGCACAACAAAUUACCCAAACCGGUUGAUUUGAUGUCUCAUGUGAGUGCCGUUUUAUCGAGUGCCCUUCCCCCAAAAGCUCAAGAUCCGGGAGAUCCUCUUAUUCCAAUUCAAAUUGGAACAUUUAAAAUUGAGAGGGCGCUCCUAGAUCUUGGAGCUUGUGUGAGCAUCUUGCCCGGGAGUUUGUAUGACCAAUAUGAUUUUGGUCCAUUAAAAAAUUUUGAUACUCCCGUGGUAUUGGCCGAUCAGACUCCCACGUAUCCAAGGGGGAUGGUGGAGGAUGUGAUUGUUAAGGUGGAUGAUUGCUACUACCCAGUUGACUUUUUGGUAGUAGACUAUGUUGGGUGUGUUGGGGACACCCAACCGAUAGUCAUACUGGGUAGGCCGUUCCUGGCAACUGCUAAUGCCAUAAUAAAUUGUGCAACGGGAACGCCAAAUUAUAAACCGAGCGGAGAGAACAUUGUGAGGGAUGUGCAUGAUUUGUCGGUUUCACGGGCGAGUUAA